AUGGAUAAUUCAUCACAAUCUCGAGGUUUUCAAGCAUAUAACAGUAGCAAUUCAAAAACAUGUCCACCUUCAACAAGAUUAAAGUCAAUAAAAUCAAUUGAUGAAUCAUUAGUUUUUGGUCGUAUACCAUAUUCAUCAAUACGAACAAGUUCUGGAACAGUUCCAUCAUUGCCACCAUCUCCUGAUGGUAUAAUAAAACCAACACCAAUGUCACCAAAACGACGUUCGUCAACAGUUCUUCUUAGUAAUUUAUUACCACGUCGAAAAAGUUUACAAACAACAGCCAUAGCAACACGACGACAAAGUCUUUGGAUGAGUAUUGCAAAAAAUGAUUCAUCAGCAAAUGACUUUCAACUAUCACUGCUUCCAUUAAGACAAGAACAUAAUAGUUUAAUGCGAAAAAAACUUUUACGUUUAUUACUGGUUUUUAGUUAUUUAAUAUCUAUAUCAUUAUUAGCUAUUGCUUUAGCAACAUUUUAUGGAUUUUUUUGGACAGGUUAUAGUACAUCAAAAACAACAACUAUAUCAGAUUUAACAGCAACUGUUCGAUCUCUUGUUUCAUUAACAUCAAACUCAACAUUUGUUGAUUAUGAAACAGAAAUAGAAGAUAGUUUAUUAAUGAAAAGUACAUCCUGA